UCCUCUCACCGCAGCAGCUGGCAGAGCCAGGGCUGCCCCCUCGGCUGGUGCGUCCUCUCCGCCGCCCGUCUGGGGUUCCCUGCGUCUGGCCCCGCCCCUCGUGCUGAGCGGGGCGGGGCCCGGCAGUCCUGGAGGCUGCGGCCGGCCGGGAGCAGGUGGAGGGCUGGCGCGGUCCAGAUCGUGCUGCCAUGGCUCAGCCUCCGGGUCCAGGGUCUCGGCUCCUACCUCUUCCCUCCCUGCCAGCCCCUGAUGCUUGCCAGAUUUUUGCCUCUGCCGGAGCCCCGGCCUGACCAGCCUCCCUCCCCGUCUGGCUGGGAUUUGGGGGCCGAGCUGCCUGGGGUCCCAGGGCCGACCAAUGCAGUGCCGGCUCCUGCGGGGCCUGGCUGGAGCCCUCCUCACCCUCCUGUGCAUGGGGCUCCUGUGUCUGCCGUACCACUUGAACCUGUCCCCGCAGCGGGUGCAGGAGACCCCCGAGCUGAGCCAGCCGAGCCCGGGGCCCCCUGAGCUCCAGCUGCGCGAUGUCUUCAUCGCGGUGAAGACGACCCGGGCCUUCCACCGCUUGCGCCUGGAGCUGCUGCUUGACACGUGGGUCUCCAGGACCAGAGAACAGACGUUCAUCUUCACCGACAGCCCAGACAAAAGCCUCCGGGAGAGACUGGGGUCCCACCUUGUGGUCACCAACUGCUCUGCAGAACACAGUCACCCAGCUCUGUCCUGCAAGAUGGCUGCUGAGUUCGACACCUUCUUGGCCAGUGGGCAUAGGUGGUUCUGCCACGUGGAUGAUGAUAACUAUGUGAACGCACGGGCGCUGCUGCAGCUGCUGAGGGCUUUCCCGCUGGCCCGAGAUGUCUACGUGGGAAGGCCCAGCCUGAACCGGCCCAUCCACGCCUCGGAGCCGCAGCCCCACAACCGCACGAGGCUGGUACAGUUCUGGUUCGCCACCGGGGGCGCUGGCUUCUGCAUCAAUCGCAAACUGGCUUUGAAGAUGGCUCCGUGGGCCAGCGGCUCCCGUUUCAUGGACACAUCCGCUCUCAUCCGGCUGCCUGAUGACUGCACCGUGGGUUACAUCAUCGAGUGCAAGCUGGGCGGCCGCCUGCAGCCCAGCCCCCGCUUCCACUCCCACCUGGAGACCCUGCAGCUGCUGAGGACUGCGGAGCUCCCUGAACAGGUCACCCUCAGCUACGGUGUCUUUGAGGGGAAACUCAACGUCAUUAAGCUACAGGGCCCCUUCUCCCCAGAGGAGGACCCUUCCAGGUUCCGCUCCCUCCAUUGUCUCCUCUACCCAGAUACACCCUGGUGUCCACAGCUGGUUGCCCGAUGAAUCCUGAACUGCUGGGCAAAGUUGGGGCAGAGGCUUCUGGCUGUUCCUUGGCUCCCAGGGUGGCACUGAGGGCCCCUGGCAAGUGUCUUGUGAUAGGCAGUUCCUGGCAGGGCCUUCCGGUGGUUGGCAAGCUCAGGAUCUGGGUGGUAUUGGGCACUGAAGGCAUCCCAGGCCCCUGGGAGGGGAGUUAAGGGACCAGGUAGACCAGGUGAUGGCCAGAGAGGCUCCAGGGGGUAGACUCUUUCAGGAGGCCAAAUUGCAAAAAAGGCAGGGGGCACUAGAACCGGGCUGGGGCUCAGGGGUCCUAGCCCCUUAGGCAGUGACAUGGCAUCUGGGUGGGGCCUGGCUCUUGCCUCUGGCUCCCGUCUCUCAGGCAUUCUUCCGGUCCAGCACUGAGCUGCCUACUCCCGCCUCCCUCGACUGGGUCCCAAGUCACUGAAGGGACGCGGGUGGAAGGAUGGCAGAAUCCAGAGUCCUCAGUGGCUGCCAUUGUUGCCGACCAGUCUCACUAAGCUCCUUGCUCUCCACCCCCUGUUCAGAUUUUGUUUGGAGCCUCGGCAUACCCGGGCCCAGAUGAAGCGGCAUGACAGGUCCCAGCCAAUCGUGAUGACCCUUUUGCUCAUUUCCCAGCCUCCCUUGCUGUUAGGGGCCACUGUGGGACUAGCUCUGGCCAGAGGGAACUAAGCAGAGCCAGUGGAGACAUUUCCGGGGAAGGUUUUGCAGCCCACUCCCCAUCUUCCCGCUGUGAACGUGGGUGUGAUGGCUGGACCUGGGGUAGCCACCUUGCUACCAUGAAGGAAAGGCCCAGACAGUCACCCACAGCCGUUCCCUCCUGCAUCUGGUUCUGUACGACAAUUAAAUUGCUUAUUUGUUUAAGUCUC